GUCACACUCUCGCUUACUUUCAAAGCGAUCUCAACCGACACCUUUUUCUUUUGUCGCCCGAUCUUUCGGGGAAAUGGUCAUGUGCCAACUGUCGUGCCAGUUUCUGGCAACUCCUCUCCAAGUCGGCAAAAGUUUACCGACGAGUCUCCAUCUUCCAAGAUUUCUAAAAUCGGAAUCGUUUCCAGGAGCCUCGACCGGUGUUCUACGUUGCUCGACCGAGACUGAAGUUUCGGAGUCUCGGAAUAGGAUGUUCAUUCUCGGGAUGGGUUUCGUGGGGCAGUUUUUCGCACAAGAUCUCAAGAACCACGGAUGGGUUGUCUCUGGGACUUGCACUAGCGCUUUUAAAAAGAAGAAACUUGAAGAGAGGGGAUUUAAUAUCUACCUCUUUGAUGCCAAUGAGCCAGAACUGGGAGUACUAAAUGCUUUGAAAUAUAGUACGCACCUCCUAGUCUCCAUCCCUCCUGUUGUGGGUAUUGGUGAUCCUAUUCUUCAGCAUGAUGAAUUUCUUAAAAGCAGGAUCAUGGAUGGAGAUCUUCAGUGGCUCUGUUAUUUGUCAUCAACAAGCGUAUAUGGAAAUUGUGGUGGUGAAUUGGUAGAUGAAGACUACCCAGCAAGCCCAGCAAGUGAGUCAGCUAAAUUGAGGUUAGCUGCUGAGAAAGGAUGGUCAAGUCUGGGCAGUGAGCUUGGACUCUCAACACAAAUAUUUCGACUUGGAGGUAUCUACGGCCCUGGAAGAAGUGCUGUUGACACUAUAAUCAAGCAGGGGCCUUUGACAGAAGGCCAGAGGAAGAGGAUUUCCAGGCAAUACACAUCCAGGGUUCAUGUUGCGGACAUUUGCCAAGCCCUGAAGGCUACUAUUCAAAUACCAUCCGUCGGGAAAAUUUACAAUAUAGUUGAUGAUGACCCUGCCCCACGGGCACAAGUAUUUGCAUUUGCACGGGACUUGAUUGAGAAGAAGUGGCCAAACCACAUCAAAGAGAGUGUAUUUCCUGGAAGCGCACGGAAGGCCGAGAAGCGUGUCUCCAAUGCUCGUAUGAAGAAGGAACUAGGAGUAACCCUUCUUCAUCCAACUUAUAGGUCGGGACUACAGAGCAUUAUUGACAAUAUGGAGAAUCCAAUUUCAAAGUAGAUAGAAUGACAUGAUAUUGUCCUUUCACCACUAGUUCAUUUAAAGGUGUUGGAAGCAGUCAUUCUCUUAAUGAAUUGUGAAAUGCCUCAUAUUGUAAUGAUACCGCAAGAAAUAGCACAUUACGUUGAAAGAGCUCAUGAGAAAGGCAGAACAUGGGCCCUUUGACUGCAAUGUGGAACUUCUCUUUCUCAAAAUUCCUAUCCA